AUGCCCCCGGCUGAGUUGGCCGAGCAUCGUACUCAGUUGGAUGAUCUUUUGCAGAGAGGCUUGAUACGACCCAGUGUAUUGGCCUGGGGAGCACCUGUGUUGCUUGUGGGAAAGAAGGAUGGAUCCAAGCGAUAUGGACAUUAUGAAUUCUUAGUGAUGCCGUUUGGUGUGACUAAUGCGUCGGCAACAUUCAUGAACCUGAUGAAUCUGACCUUGAGAGAUCAUCGGCUAUUCGCCAAGUAUAGUAAGUGCCAGUUCUGGAUGGAUCGUAUUGCAUUUCUAGGACACGUGGUAUCAGGAGAUGGCAUAUCAGUAGAUCCGGAGAAGGUAGAGGAUUGGGAUGCGUUCUUCAGCAAUGCUUCUCGUCAGUUGAAGAAGCAUGAACAGAAUUAUCCUACCCACGACUUGGAGUUGGCAGCUCUUUGGAGGCAUUAUCUGUUGGGAGAGCAAGUGAAGGUGUUCACCGACCACAAGAGCUUGAAGUACAUAUUUACCCAGAAGGAACUUAACAUAAGGCAGCGCCGAUGGUUGGAGCUGAUAGCAGAUUAUGAUAUUGACCUUCAGUACCACCCUAGCAAGGUCUAUGUAGUACCAGAUGCUUUGAGCCGUUUGCCGGACGAUGUUGGUGAGCGAGAGAUUUUCGGGCCAGAGUUGAUUGACAAAUCAGUUAAUGCAGUCAGGAUCAUUCGGGAGCGACUUCGCAUAGCGCAGGACAGAUUCAAGCAUUGGGCAGAUGCGAAGCGUUGGCACUUGGAGUUUCAGCCAGGAGAUCAUGUGUUCCUGAAGAUUUCCCCCAACCGAGGCACCAUUCACUUUGGAAGGCGUGGGACAGCCAGGAGAUCAUGUGUUCCUGAAGAUUUCCCCCAACCGAGGCACCAUUCACUUUGGAAGGCGUGGGAAGUUGAGUCCUUACGAAAAUACGUUGGAGAUCCGAGUCAUGUUGUAGAUUUCUCGGAGAUUAAGAUGCUAUCCGAUUUGACGUACGAGCAGCAGCUUGUGGCGAAUUUAGACCGAAGGGAGAAGACCCUCCGGAACAAAACCGUCUCGCUUGUUCAUGUGAUGUGGCACCCUGAUUCUCCUGGAGAGUCAACUUGGGAAACUGAGUCUGAGAUGCGACAGCGAUACCCUCAUCUAUUUCCUGAAUCUUAG